AUGAACCACCACUCUCACAAGGAAAGUAUUUCAAAUGUUCUUACAGGGACGUCCUGUGUGGACAGCCAGUCUGCUCCAAGGUGGAAAGACGAGUUGGGCAUUUGCCCCAAAGGUGUCACCUCCAAUGUGUUCCGCUUUAACGUGUCCUCAGCAGAGAAGAAUAGCACCAACCUGUUCCGGGCCGAGUUUCGGGUGCUGCGUGUGCCCAACCCAAGCUCCAAGCGCAGUGAGCAGCGCAUCGAGCUCUUCCAGAUCCUUCGGCCGGAUGAGCACAUAGCAAAGCAGCGCUACCUCAGCGGCAGGAACGUGCAGACGCGGGGCUCCCCUGAGUGGCUGUCCUUCGAUGUCACCGAGACCGUGCGCGAGUGGCUCCUGCACAGAGAGUCCAACCUUGGCCUGGAAAUCAGUAUACACUGUCCUUGCCAUACUUUUCAGCCCAAUGGAGACAUCGUGGAGAAUUUACAUGAGGUGUUGGAGAUCAAAUUCAAAGGCAUUGACAGCGAGGAUGACUAUGGCCGUGGGGACUUGGGGCGCCUGAAGAAGCAGAAAGACCUGCAUAAUCCCCACCUCAUUUUGAUGAUGUUACCCCCGCAUCGGCUGGAGGGUCCAUCGUUGGGAGGCCAGAGGAAGAAACGAGCCCUGGAUACCAACUACUGCUUCCGGAACCUGGAGGAGAACUGCUGUGUGCGUCCUCUUUACAUCGACUUCCGACAGGAUCUGGGCUGGAAAUGGGUCCACGAGCCGAAGGGCUACUUUGCUAACUUUUGCUCGGGCCCUUGCCCGUACCUCCGCAGCGCAGACACGACUCACAGCACGGUGCUGGGCUUGUACAACACGCUGAACCCGGAGGCGUCCGCCUCACCCUGCUGUGUCCCCCAGGACCUGGAGCCGCUCACUAUCCUGUACUAUGUUGGGAGGACCCCCAAAGUGGAGCAGCUCUCCAACAUGGUGGUGAAAUCCUGCAAGUGCAGUUGAAAGGCACGCUGGGCCACCCAAAGCCAAGAGAGAAAGCGUCAGCGUCCACUCUCCUGCUCCCAGGCUCACGUAAAAGGAACUAGCGGGGCAGAGACUGCGCAUGCUGAGGCCCGAGCACCAAACUCUGUGGCUCAUGGUCUAACAGCCUUGGGGAUCUCUUCUGGAACGUUUCUUGGUCUUGUUGGCGUGUCACCUUCCCUCUGGGGGUUGCUUUGGUGGCACAAAGGCCACGCUCUCCAAAACGGACGGACAGUUGAUGUGGAAGAGAGUGGAGGAACUGCUGUGUGUUUGAAUGUGGAGGUAGCUGAACUGGGAAAGUGGGAGAAUGGAAAAGGGCAGUUGAAGGGGAGCAAGGAAACCAGGCACUGUUUCCUACUCUAGCUUUAGCUAUUUGGGUCCUCAGCCCUCCCCCCAGGCCUGAAGAAUUAAGGUUUUCCCUUCAGGAGAAAAUCCUGAAUUUUAGAAAAAGAAAAUGCACCAAGAAGCGGAGCUGCUCAGAGACGUACUCAAGACUUUAGUUCCUCAGAUCCAGCAGUCCUGCAACUAAAACAGCGUUUCUGCCAAACCUGCUAGUCUCUUUGGCAGAUCUUGGCUACCAUUUUCUAAACAGAAAAUGCAAGGUUGUCAGCCAGCCUGGAAAGGGUGGGCAAAUCUGAGGAAAAAUGGUGUUGAAGCCAUUUGCAGAAGGACCAAUGUCUCCUUCAUUCAGCUCUUUUCCCUUCAUGGAGUUUCUGAGAGAUGGUUUCUGGGUCAGGGCAGGAGCAAUACCUGUGGGUACCUGAAUUUUGGGCCCGUUCAUUCUGAUGAUAGACCCUGAGGACCCUUUGUUGUGGUUUGUGA